AUGAGGCAUGACCUCUUUAUUAAUAACGACCCUGACGAGCCAACAAGGCCUCAUAAGCUUAGAGAUUCUACAGCAUCAUUAGAAACAUCUACUGAGCCUAGGGUCUCAAUUAUUGAUCUCACAAUCAGUAGUCAAGCCCUUGGCCCUCUAUCUGGAUGGGAAAUCGAAAGCCAGAGGCUCACGCCGUCAGAUCACGUUAUGAUUUGGGCUAGCUGGGAACCUCCGACAACUGCGAGUACAGAGCCCACAAGGAAAGAAGUCACAGGGUGGCAGAUAGAGGCUCUACUAGGAAACAAGGAGGCUCUGCAGGAGGCAAAAGACACCUGGAACGAACUAGCAAAGACUCAACCAAUACUAACAGACACAACCUCAACAGAGGAAGUGGAACGUGAAGCUGAGUGGAUCGAGAGAACAUUGACAGAGGUCCUGAACAAGCACUGCAAACAGAUCAGGCUUUGUGCUCAAUCUAAGCGGUGGUGGAACAGUGAGAUUGAGGCAGAACAAAGCGUGUAUUCCAAGGCUCGUAAGGCCUACCAAGCGGGUGAGAUUAGCGACGAGAAGCAUCGAGAAGCACGCACCACACCAGCCCUCACCAAUGAGGCCUCAGGGGAGGUGAUUGCAGCCACCUUUAGCAAGAAGGAGGAGGUUUUUAGACACCGUGCUUUUCCACAGGCUCCAAACAGUAACAUGGAGUUACAGCUUCCUGAGCGAGGAUCGGCCCACAAGCUGGUUAACGAGGAAGUUGUCAAGAAUGCCCUCUUUAGCCAGGGACUAGAGAAAGCUCCAGGUACAGAUUUACUGAACUUCAGGGCUAUCAGGCUCUUAUGGAAUCUAGACUCAGAGCGUGUGGUUAGCCUGACUAGGCAGUGCCUUAGGCUUGGGAUACAUCCACGUGUCUGGAAAACAGCCAAGGGAGUUCUACUGAGAAAGAACGGUAAAACCAACUACACACUGGCUAGUGCGUAUCGAGUGAUAAGCCUAUUGAAGUGCCUUGGCAAGGUGAUUGAGAAGCUCGUAGCAGAGUUAAUUACAAACUUUGCAGAGGCUCAAGACCUCUUCCAUGAUGGUCAAUUUGGAGGCCGUCGGCAACGCAGUGCAAUUGAUGCUGUGGCAUGUCUAGUUGAGGAGAUCCAUCAAGCUUGGGCAAAUAGAAAGUUAGCUGCAGCUCUAUUUAUGGAUAUUGAGGGGGCCUUUGACCAUGUCAUCCUAGCAAAACUGGUAGAGGUACUCAGAGAGGCUAGCGUGGAUGGAGAUCUUAUACAUUGGGUGAUCUCAUUUCUAUCUGACUGGCAAGUCACUCUUGUGAUUGAUGGACACGUGGGAAAGGAGGUACCGAUAAGCUCUGGGUUACCUCAGGGCUCUCCGGUGUCAUCCAUUCUCUUUGUUCUAUACGUUCAUGGGCUAUCAAGAGCCAUUGAGAGGAGUGUGCCAGAGGUUCGAUGUCUGUCCUUUGUGGACGACCAAGGCCUAAUAACAGCCGCAAGCUCAGUGAAGGAGGCUUGUAGGAUCCUCGAGAAAGCCGCGGAAGUAGCCAUCGAGUGGGGGGUGGCUAACGGGGUACAAUUUGAUCGCAAAAAGACUGAGGCCGCUUUCUUUUAUAGACAACACAGACGUCAAGUGGCCCAAAACGUAUCUCGAGCCCGGAUCAGGGUUGGAGGCGAGUUGGCAACUGUCAAAUCUACAGUACGGUGGCUCGGGAUACUCCUAGACAGCCAACUUACAUGGAAGAGCUACUACAACGCUUGA